AGGGAUAUGUCUCAGCAUCCUCGUAAAGUAGUCCCUCUCAACGAGGAACUAAAGGGAGAUCACCUUGAGCCGCUUGGUCUCACUCUGUCAGCAGCAGCGUUAGUCUUCGCAUCACGACAGUUACAUAAGGACUUCACUUGCUCCAAAAAACAUGCCUGGGUCAAAGUCUUCAGACAUGGGCUCUGCCUUCAUCCAGACCCAGCAACUCAAUGCUGCAAUGGCCGACAGCUUCUUGGAACAUAUGUGCCUGCUUGACAUUGACUCUGAACCCACCACUGCACGCAACACGGGGAUCAUCUGUACCAUUGGACCUGCCUCUCGCUCUGUGGAAAUGCUGAAAGAGAUGAUCAAGUCUGGAAUGAACAUAGCUCGUAUGAACUUUUCCCAUGGUUCACAUGAAUACCAUGCAGAGACCAUCAAGAAUGUGCGCGAAGCAUGUGAGAGCUUUGUACCUGGAAGUAUCCAGUACAGACCCAUUGGCAUUGCUCUGGACACCAAGGGCCCCGAGAUCAGGACUGGUCUCAUCAGAGGAAGCGGCACUGCUGAAGUGGAGCUGAAGAAGGGCAACACAAUCAAGAUUACAUUAGAUGAUGCUUACCAGGAGAAUUGCAGUGAAGAAAAUCUUUGGCUCGACUAUAAGAACAUCACCAAAGUGGUGGAAAUUGGCAGCAAAAUCUACAUCGAUGAUGGACUUAUUUCCCUCCAAGUCGUGGAAAUUGGCUCUGAUUUCAUCAUAUGUGAGAUUGAAAAUGGUGGCACCUUGGGCAGUAAGAAAGGAGUGAAUCUCCCUGGUGCUGCUGUGGACCUGCCGGCUGUGUCAGAAAAAGACAUCCAGGACCUGCAGUUUGGUGUUGAGCAGGGCGUCGACAUGGUCUUUGCCUCCUUCAUUCGUAAAGCUGCAGAUGUGCAUGCUGUCCGAAAGGUGCUGGGAGAAAGAGGCAAAAAUAUCAAGAUCAUUAGCAAGCUGGAGAACCAUGAGGGUGUACGGAGGUUUGAUGAGAUCAUGGAGGCUAGUGAUGGCAUCAUGGUUGCUCGUGGUGACCUGGGCAUUGAAAUCCCAACAGAAAAGGUUUUCCUAGCCCAGAAGAUGAUGAUCGGUCGCUGCAACAGAGCUGGCAAGCCGAUCACAUGUGCCACUCAGAUGUUGGAGAGCAUGAUCAAGAAGCCCAGGCCCACCCGUGCAGAGGGCAGUGACGUGGCAAACGCCGUCCUGGAUGGGGCUGACUGCAUUAUGCUGAGUGGGGAGACUGCUAAGGGAGACUAUCCUCUCGAGGCGGUGCGCACACAGCACAUGAUCGCUCGUGAAGCCGAGGCAGCCAUGUUCCACCGGCAGGUGUUUGAGGACCUGCGUCGUUCCACGCCGCACUGCAGCGACCCCGCUGAGGCCAUUGCAAUCGGUGCCGUCGAGGCUUCCUUUAAGAGCUUAGCGUCUGCGAUCAUUGUGCUCACAGGCUCUGGAAGGUCUGCCCAUCUGAUUUCCCGGUACAGACCCCGCGCACCCAUUCUUGCUGUGACCCGCAAUGCCCAGACGGCUCGCCAGGCCCACCUGUACCGCGGGAUCUUCCCCGUCCUCUACACCAAGCCUGCUCAUGACGUGUGGGCGGAGGACGUCGACAUGCGUGUCAACUUUGCCAUGGAAAUGGGCAAAGCCAGAGGCUUCUUCAAGGAGGGUGAUGUUGUCAUCGUCUUAACCGGCUGGCGUCCUGGCUCCGGUUACACCAACACCAUGCGUGUGAUUCUGGUGCCCUGAACAGAUAACCUGGCUACCCAGCUUUCUCCCUACACCUUCAUCUAUCUUUCAUAACCCUCCUCCUCCCUCCACACCUCACUCGUGCAUUCCUCCUUUCGGGCAGACAGACUCAGCUGAUGGACAUGAUGCAAAGAAAUGUUUAGACUAAGACCAUGGCCUCACUGGCCCAAGACUUGUUAGAGGGAGUGAAGCUGUAUCCCUUCACUAAUAAAUGUCAGACUUGUUUCCGGUGUGGCCUCAGAUAAAUACAUCCUCCAGAAGCUGCUGUACUCGUUUCCUCAUCGCUGAUUUCAAAGUAAAAGUGGAUGCAUUCCUCGUCUGCGUGCAUGAGCAUUUGAAGCUUUUGUUUGGGUGGUGGGAGGGUGGAGGCAGCCGACCACAACGGAUCACCUCCAGUACUGUGACCGUUGAUUGAAAACACUCCUUCCUACAAAAAGUUUAGAUAUCCUGAAAUGAAAGCGCUUAGCGAACCACUCCACCCAAUCAGAAGGUUCUGUUGUGCCGUCUGUGUGAAAUGUCCUUUGAUCCCAGCUUUGACUGGGUCACUGUAUCUGAUAGUGUUGCACUCCUGAUUAGACACUGUUACAUUCAUUAUUACUUGACUUUUGCUAAAGCUGAACUUUCGUUUCCAAACACCCAAUUCUACUUAUAUUUUGUCUAAUAGAAAAAGGCAGUUUUGGGUGGUUGGUCAAGAAUUUAACUUAAAACAAAGUUACUGUUGUCUUUUAAUAUACUUUCCAUGAAAUCUUUCCAUUUCUUUGCAUUUGGAUUGUGUCUGUUGGAUGGUGUGGUUGGUUGAUGGCUGCUGAUAUAAUCGAGCACAUUUCUUUAUUUUUUUUUCUCCCCCUGUUGACUGAGAAGACAAAACUGUCCUCACAAACCUAUUGAGUAGGAUGUUCUUUUGUUGGUGACCCUCUGCAGAUGUCCUCGUGAGUCUAACAUGCUUCUGAUUGUAUGACUAAAUGUAAAAACUAAUAUGUAAGAGCUUGUAUUUACUUGGUGUACUAACCUGUUCCAAAGACUGAAGUUCCAUCAAUAAAAGAGAUGAGCACCCA